GUACAAAGAUGAGCUUCCUCCAGACUUGGAUAUGCCAGAAAUACGAGGCAGACUGCGAGAGGAGGAUUACACGCCCUACGUCAUUACAUCCCUGCAGGAGAGCGAUCGCAUGAACCUCCUCGUGGGAACAAUAAGAAACUCUCUGACGGAGCUGGAGCUGGGAAUCAGCGGUGCGCUGAAUGUGACGGAAGGGAUGGAAGCUUUGUCCACUUCCCUCCAGCUGAACCGCGUGAACAGCACCUGGCAGCAGCUGGCUUAUCCGUCGCUGAAGCCGCUGAGCGGAUGGUUUGCUGACCUAUUGAGCCGAAUGCAGCAGCUUGUUGAGUGGACCAACGAGCGAUCUGGGCUGCUGAAAUCGAUUUGGAUUUCCGGCCUCUUCAAUCCAAUGGCAUUCCUCACAGCAGUGAUGCAGGUUACUGCUCGGAAUAAGCAGCUGCCGUUGGACUACAUGACAAACAGGGCAACCUUCCUCAACAUUGUGGACAUUGCCGACAUCAUCGGCCUGCCUGCAAACGGUGUACAUAUACAUGGGCUCUUCCUAGAAGGCGCCAGUUGGGAGGAGGGCAAAGGCGACGAUGAG